AUGACCUCUCCGUCCUCAGAGGAUUUUGUUUCUCUCUUCAAGUCGGCGGGCUUGCCCCAGUCUAAGGCGGUGGAGGCGGCAAAAAACGUCAAGGGUGCCGCUAUCCUUCGUGACCUCAUUCUCUCGCACAAUCUUGUGUCAGCCGGGCUUUCAGAGAAGCAGGUUGUCCUCGUUUCAGCACUAGCAUUGCAGCUCGGAAAGGCCCAGAAUGCCGGAAUUGAAGCACGCGCGUACAUCACGAAGGCGAUCCUUGAGGAGAAGCUCAAGUCGGUGGAUCAGGUCAAUGUGGCCGUGAAGUACUUCGAAGCACACGCGGUCCCAGUCGACGAGAGCGAUUUCAACACUACAUGCGGUGUCGGUUUUACAAUAACUGCUGCACAACUCGAGGACCAUGUCAAACAAUACGUGGACGCGAAUAACGCUUCUAACUGGUCGUAUCUAGGUGUCGUUAUCGGUGGUGUCAAGAAUAUCCCUUCCCUCCGCUGGGCGAAUCCUCUAGAUAUCAAGAACGCAGUAGAACGCGUUUUCACCGAGAAAUUUGGACCCAAAGAAGGGGCCAAACCCAAGGCGAAAAAAGAGAUCCCCCCCACAGAUACACUCGAUACCAGCAAGUCAUCUGUGUCUGAGUAUGAUCCGGCACAAAGUGCUAAAGCCAGGAGAGUCGUAUUUGAAGAAGGUUUCUUGGGUUCCCUCCAUAAACCCGGAGGUAAUCCUCAGAUUCACCCACAUCUCCGCGAGCAGCACCUAGCUGCGACAGGAGGCCGAGUGUUCACUCGUUUCCCUCCGGAGCCGAACGGCUACCUGCACGUUGGUCAUUGCAAGGCAAUAUUCGUCAAUUUCGGCUACGCAGCACAUCACGAUGGGAAUUGCUACCUUCGUUUCGACGAUACCAACCCCGAGAAAGAGGAAGGGCGGUACUUUGACAGCAUAAUAGAAGUUGUCCACUGGCUGGGCUUCGAACCAUGGAAAAUAACCUAUUCGAGCGAUUAUUUUGACGAAUUGUACGCCCUGGCUGAGGAUCUAAUCAAACGUGACAAAGCGUAUGUAUGCCAUUGCUCACAGGAACAGAUUAAAGCGGACCGUGGCGAAAAGGUCUCCAGUCCCAAGGCCUGUAUCCACCGAUCGAGGCCCGUGGAAGAGUCAUUGACGGAAUUCCGGAGGAUGAGGGAUGGACACUACCGCCCGAAAGAGGCGUUCUUGCGGAUGAAACAAGAUCUAUCCGAUGGCAACCCACAAAUGUGGGACCUCCCCGCUUAUCGCGUUCUGGAUGCUCCUCACCAUCGCACUGGACCAAAGUGGAAAAUAUACCCAACAUACGACUUCACUCACUGUCUCGUUGAUAGUUUUCGAGAACAUCUCGUGAGGAAUCCUUAUCCCUCACAGCCUACUGACAAUGACCUUUUGACUAGGCACUCACUGUGUACCACCGAGUUUAUUGCUUCCCGUCAAUCGUAUGAGUGGUUGUGUGAUGCCCUCGAGGUGUAUAAGCCAAGGCAAUCGGAAUACGGCAGAUUGAAUAUUCAGGGAACGAUCAACUCAAAACGCAAACUGCUGCAGUUAGUGGAGGAGAAAUACGUUUCAGGCUGGGAUGACCCGCGACUAUACACAGUCAUCGCCCUUCGACGUCGGGGAGUGCCCCCGGAGGCCAUCCUUAAUUUCGUGAGCUCUCUGGGGGUUUCUACUGCAGCUUCCAACAUCCAGAUAGUGCGUUUUGAGCAGAGUGUCAGACAAUAUUUGGAAGGAAGCGUUCCGCGGCUUCUCAUGGUACUUCGGCCCCUCAAAGUAACUCUUGAAAACCUACCGGAGGAUUACGUGCUUAUGAUCGAGAAACCACUACAUCCCAAAGUUCCAGAGCUUGGAACUUCCAUUGUCCCGUUCACCCGAACUAUCUACAUCGAUACCGACGAUUUCAGACUCGAGGACUCCAAAGACUAUUUCCGCCUCGCACCCGGAAAGACAGUGGGUCUUUUCCAGGCACCGCAUCCUAUCACAUGUACGUCGUACGUCAAAGAUGCAACCACCGGUCAAGUAACAGAAGUCAUCUGCCGCCUGGAACAUCAUGACACCCGGAAGCCAAAGGCGUUCAUUCAGUGGGUUGCCGAAUACGCUCCAUCUGGGAGUCCGGUUCGGGUCGACGAAACCCGUCUCUUCUAUCCACUAUUCAAAAGCGAUAAUCCGCUAGCUGCUGUUCCGGAUUUCAGGGGGGACAUCAAUUCCAAGAGUAUGGAGGUCAUCCGGGGAGCCAUGGUUGAAAUCGGGUUUUGGCCGUUGACUCGGGAAUCCAUGAGGAAAGCUCUGGAGGAGAUCCGAUCGCGGAUCGAGAAAAUGCGAUCACCAGCGGUCACACCCGAGCGACUGGUCGGCAAAGAGUGCAUUCGCUUCCAGGGUCUCCGCGUUGCGUAUUUCGCACUGGACAAGGACGCACGUGUCGCCAUGCUCGACCAACCCAACACCGCAACGGGUGCAACACAGGGAGAUUACUUAGUCCUAAACAGGAUAGUGAGUCUGAAGGAAGACGCUGGGAAAGGGGCCUUGUGA